AGCAGAGCAGACUCAGAGCAGCAGCCGCCGCCUCCCUCCCUCUUCCUCGUUUUCCGCCGCCGCCGCCGCCGCCGCCGCCGCCUCUCUUGAGCGUGAUGGACGCCGCCGCCGGCAACGGAAGCAGCGGCAGCGUGAUGUGCCAGCUGGUGAGCGCGGAGGGGGAGCACCUGGGCGCGGCGCUCUACCUGCCGCACAACGUCGGACCGCCGCAGCUCCAGGAGAUCGUCAACCACCUCCUACGCAACGAGGACAAGCUGCCCUACGCCUUCUACGUCGGCGACGAGGAGCUCUCCCUCCAGCUCGGCGCCUUCAUGCAACGCAACAACGCCAACGCCGAGGUCACCCUGCGCAUCGUCUACCAGCCGCAGGCAGUCUUCCGGAUCAGUCCCGUCAACCGCUGCUCCGCCACAAUCGCCGGCCACACGGAGGCUGUACUCACCGUUUCUUUCAGCCCCGACGGAACAUGUCUCGCCAGUGGUUCAGGUGACACCACCGUUCGCUUCUGGGACCUCAACACUCAGACCCCAUUGUACACAUGCAAAGGACACAAAAAUUGGGUUCUCUGCAUUGCAUGGUCACCUGAUGGGAAACAUCUUGUUAGCGGAAGCAAGUCAGGAGAGCUUAUAUUAUGGGACCCCAAAACAGGCAAUCAAUUGGGCACUCCUCUUACGGGGCAUAGAAAGUGGAUUACCGCUGUAUCUUGGGAGCCAGUUCAUUUGCAAUCUCCUUCCCGCCGUUUUGUAAGCGCAAGUAAAGAUGGCGAUGCACGAAUUUGGGACAUUACCACAAAGAAGUGUGUUAUUUCCCUUACAGGUCACACCAAUGCUGUGACCUGUGUCAAGUGGGGUGGAGACGGUUUGAUAUAUACAGGUUCUGAAGAUUGUUUAAUCAAAGUAUGGGAAACUACUCAGGGCAAGUUGGUCAAAACACUGCAGGGUCAUGGGCACUGGGUAAAUUCGCUUGCCUUGAGCACAGAAUAUGUUCUCCGCACUGGGGCAUAUGACCAUACCCGCAAGACAUAUUCUAGUCCAGAGGAAAUGAAAGAGGCAGCUCUUGCAAGAUACGAGAAGAUGAGGGGCAAUGCUCCUGAGAGGCUGGUCUCUGGUUCAGAUGAUUUUACCAUGUUUCUUUGGGAACCAACAAUUAGCAAACAACCGAAAGCUCGCAUGACUGGUCAUCAGAAGGUGGUGAACCAUGUGUACUUCUCCCCUGACGGGCAGUGGCUGGCGAGUGCCUCGUUUGACAAAUCGGUCAAGCUGUGGAACGGCAUCACGGGCAAAUUCGUCACAGCUUUCCGAGGGCAUGUCGCUGAUGUGUACCAGAUCAGCUGGUCCGCUGACAGUCGGCUUCUACUGAGUGGAAGCAAGGACUCGACCCUAAAGGUGUGGGACAUCCGGGCGCGCAAGCUGAAGCAGGACCUGCCAGGGCAUGCGGACGAGGUGUAUGCCGUGGAUUGGAGCCCCGAUGGCGAGAAGGUUGUGUCUGGUGGCAAAGACAGGGCCCUCAAGUUGUGGAUGAAUUAAGCUUGCUUGUAGUAUCACCAUGAAUGUUACUAAGAUGACAAAUGUGAUGAUCAAUUUAUUGAGCAUGUGGAUGAUGGGGUAGGAUAAGCAAGCUCAUGAAUGGUAGUUACUCUAGAUGCUUGUGUUGACGUUUGAUUUUUAUAUAUAAUUUAUAUACUAGCACUAGUAUUUGGUUU